GUGCGUACGCGCGAGCGAGGGACCGCGUGUUUGUAGGCGUGCGUGCGCGCGCGCCCGCGCGCGUGCGUGUGGCUGCUCUGCUGUUGCUGCCCUUUGAUCCCUGCAUUAGUGUUAGUUAGGGGCUCGGAGACACACUUGCACCGAGAGCAGCCAUAGUCAAGACACGGCAACAACAACAGCGGCGCCUCCUCCGCCCCGUGGCUCCCGUUCCCCGACCGUACACUUUGAGCCGAGCGGAGCCAGGUGCACGACCGAGUCCCCGCCAUCACUGGCGCCUCCGGUCUCAAUGGGAAAAACCUUUUUUCUUCUUAUCCCUAAACAAGGACGAGAAUGUGAUUAAAAACGGGGGAAAAUGCCAAGGAGGAAGCAGGAGCAACCCAAGCGCCUGCCUUCACAUGUGGACAGCAACGAUGAAGGAGGGCCCGAUAAUGUUCCUGUGGAGGAAGAAGGCUGGUUUGGGAAUGCUUCUGACACGCGCUCAGAGUCGUCGUCCUACGGGGACACGCAGGAAGAACUCCUCCUGGCCAGGGGCUCCUCUCCCGACGAACGGUCCGGAAUCGGCACCGGGUCCGCGGACCACGAUACCUGCGGGGGCGAGAGCUCGUUGGGUUGCCCCACACCCGUCCAUCGUGCCUCUUUGGAACUUCUGGGACUGGAUGGAGGUGCAUUCUCGGCCCAGGACACACUCUCUUCUGUGGUGUCAUCACUGUACGGUGAGGCAGCAUCUCGUGCCCUGGGGAAACCCCUCAGCAGCAACUUACGGCGCCUCCUAGAGGCCGGGUCGCUGAAACUCGACACCGGGGAGCUGCUGGGUCGCUCAUCGAGGGGAUGCGCUGGGGGGGAGUCUCCUCCAAUUGGCCUAGCCCCGCCUCUGACCCUCUCCCCGUCUUCCCACCACGCCCAGCAGUUAAGUGCUCUUGCCCGAAAACUGGCCAAUAACAACAACAACAGCAGCAGCGGUGCGGCCUCGCCCGCCUCCUUGGCACCCUCAGUCACCAACAUUAAGCAAGAGUCCCUUGAUCCCUUUAACUCUGUCACCCCUAGCAACGGCGGCGGCUUUGUAUGGGCAGGUGUUGCAGAUAAGUGGCCACCGGCCAGCUGCUCCACGCCCUGUGGCUCCAGCCUCUCCCCGGACUCCGCCAUCCAGAAGUUAAAAGCGGCAGCGAACGCUGUGCUUCAAGACAAGAACGCCGUGGCCUCGUCCUCAACGACCUCUUCCUCCUCGUCCACCUCCGGCUCGUCUGCGGCGCCCGCUCUCGGAGGGGGCGGUCGGGGAGACGACGCGGUGCGCUUCGAUGCCUUCAACUCUCCGUUCAGCCCACAGUCGGCUAGCUCCACCCUCGCGGCGCUUUCCAAGAAAGUCAGCGAGCGGAGCCAAACGUCGUCAACGACCAGUGCUGCUGCCGACCAUCAGUCCUCCGGUUCCUUCCUCUCGCUUGUGUCAAUGACCUCCUCUGCUGCCUUGCUCAAAGAGGUGGCAGCCAGGGCGGCGGGAAACCUGCUGGCAGAGAAGAAAGACGGUUCCUUGUUGGCGACUGCUGGGGUCCUCCAAGAGGACGUAAAGCCCCUGCUGGACAAGAACCAGAGGGCUCCCACGCCCUCUACGCCCACCCACAGCCUCGAUUUGCUGUUGCCCUCUACUCCAAAGAGCAGAGGCAAACCCAACAGCCAAGCAGGCUCUCCCGAGGAUGGUGGCAAACCGUUCCAGUGUCCUGUGUGUGGACUGGUCAUCAAACGCAAGAGCUACUGGAAGAGACACAUGGUCAUCCACACAGGCUUGAAAAGCCACCAGUGUCCUUUGUGUCCCUUCCGUUGUGCUCGCAAAGACAAUCUUAAGUCCCACAUGAAGGUACAUCAGCACCAGGACCGGGGUGAGACUUUUCAGUGCGAACUCUGCCCCUUCACCUCCUCCCGUCACUUCAGCCUGAAGCUUCACAUGCGCUGCCACCAGCACUUCCCCCGCUCAGACGUCAAGGUGAAGGAGGAGCUCACCACCGAUACGGAGGGCGAGGGCUCCCUGAUGGGGGACAGCGGCCCCGCGGACCUGAGAGGGACGGAGGCGUCCCCACUGCACUCGGACAGCCAGCUGCAGACGUCCUCCCCGGUCGAGGCUUCUUCCAAUCACGUCCACAUCAAGGAGGAGCCCCAGGAGAGGGAUCUGUCCGUGCUCUCCACCUUUAGCAUGUGCAGGGACCGUCCUCGCAGCAGUGCCAACUCCCUGGACCUGCCCGGAGGCGGGGUCAGAUCCAGUCCUAGCGGUCCAACCACAGCCUCCCUCUUCAGCCCGGACAUCACUACCAAGACGGCCACUGACCUGCUUAUGAAGCUUUCAGCGGCCAAUCAGAGGGAGUCGCUCAAGUCCCCGUUCCACCUGAAGGAAGAGCCCAAGGCGGAGGAGGUGCUGAGCCCUCGACCAUCCUCCCAGAGCCAGGUGCAGCCAAGCUUCCCUGCUACUUUCUGCCAGGACGGGCCACUGGGGGCGGCGGCAGCCACAGAGCGCCCGGGGUCACUGAAGCCGAGGGACGGGAGUCCCAUGGCGAAGAAAACCUUGCUGAACCACGAUAUCAACCUUAAGGUGGCCUCCGAGCUGCUCAUUAAGCUAUCAGAGAACAACAAAGAUCAGUACCAGAAGGUGAAAGUAAAGCCAGAGCCCAUGGAGGUGGACCCACCCCCCGCUGAACUCUCUCCACCUGCCUCUCACCUGCGGGCCUGCAGCACUUUAAGGGCGAGUGAGAAGACCGAGCCAAUGAGUAACCUUCUAGAGACGUUGGCCCGCCCCCAGAAAGACCUGUUCUCCCAGGACAUAUCGGUCAAAAUGGCCUCCGAACUACUUUUCAAAUUGUCAGAAAAAGUCAGCAAAGCCAACAACCACAAAGACAGUAACAUGGUGGGAAUAAACAGUCCGUUUCUGGACGACUGCUUCAGACAAUCACCGUUUAACUCGCGCUCCAAGAGCUCUUCCCCCGCAGAACCCAGCUCUUCUACCAGGGCACUGUUCCAUGACUCCGAGAAGGACGACGGGGAGCCGGGAAACGGGGUCGCGCCGUGGAGACUAAACGAGCAGCUCUUCCCGUGUCCCGUCUGCGGCAAAGUGUUCGGCCGACAGCAGACGCUCUCCAGGCAUCUGUCUCUGCACACGGACGAGAGGAAGUACAAGUGUCACUUGUGUCCGUACGCAGCCAAGUGCAGGGCUAACCUCAAUCAGCACCUGACCAUCCACUCCGUCAAGCUGGUCAAUACAGAUGCUGAGCAGAUAGUCAGCGCUGUUACAGCCGAGUCCGCUGAGCGCAAGAACUGCCCCUACUACUACAGCUGCCAUGUGUGUGAUUUCCAGACGGAGCAGAACGCCCAGUUUGUCAGCCACAUGUCGCUCCAUGUGGACAAGGAGCAGUGGAUGUUCUCGCUGUGCUGCAGCGUCUGUGACUACGUCUGCAUGGAGGAGAACGACAUGAAGAGCCACAUUAGCACUGGACACGCAGGUCUGAGCUCCAGAAGUCCCCUCAGCGAGACCAAGAGCACGUCUUCUUCCCUCUCGGCCCUCAGCGACUCGCUCAACAGCUCGGAGGGCGGGGACCUCACCCACGGCAACGAAGAACUCCGGGGCCUGCUGGCCCUGCCCUCCUCCGCGGGAAGCCAGUCCAGCUCCGGAAGCCACUCGGGAUCAGGAACCGAGGACAAGUCUGACAAAGGCUUCGAGUGUGUCUUCUGCAAUUUCGUGUGCAAGACGCGCAGCAUGUACGAGCGGCACCUCCAGAUCCACCUCAUCACGCGGAUGUUCGAGUGCGACGUCUGCCACAAGUUCCUGAAGACGCCCGAGCAGCUGCUGGAGCACAAGAAGUGCCACACUGUCCCCUCCGGAGGGCUCAAGUGCCCUUUCUGCAUCUACUCCACCAAUCGUCCAGCGGCCAUGGAGUGCCACCUUAAGACGCACCGUAAGAUGGAGUACCGCUGCCGCAUCUGCCAGGGACUGUGGGCGGACCAGGCCUCAUUGGAGGCCCACGUGCGCGGGCACCGCCUGGGCAACCACUACAAGUGUGAGCAGUGUGGCUACUUGUCCAAGACGGCCAACAAGCUGAUCGAGCAUGUGCGCGUGCACACGGGCGAGCGGCCCUUCCACUGCGACCGCUGCUCCUACAGCUGCAAGCGCAAGGACAACCUCAACCUGCACAAGAAGCUGAAGCACGCGCCGCGCCAGACUUUCGGCUGCCGAGAGUGCCCUUUCACCACCACACACCCCUUCGUCUUCAGCCGCCACCUCAAGAAACACCAGGGCGGAGGAGCGGGGGGUCCAGACGGAGGCGUGGGGGGACGGGGAGAGGAGUUGGAGGACGAGGAGGAGGAGGAGGAGGAGGAGCAGCUGCCGCUCCGGGGAGCAUCGCCGGGGGUCUCGUCACCGCGCAAGAGCCGGGAGAAGGUCCUGCUGUUGGCCGAGGGGGGGGGGAGCAGCGGAGGGAGCGGCAGCAGCAGCCCCCUCGUGAGCCUGACGGCGUCCCAGGCGCUCCAGUCCGUCGCCCUGUCGCUCACACUUGGCAAGCGCCGCCGGCCGGACGCCGCUGGCGCUCUGCACCGCCUGGCCGGCGCCAACGACACCGGCAGGAGCCCCGGCGGCCCGAGCAGCGCCGGCCCCUCCGUCUCCCUCCCCUCCCCCCGCCACGUGUUCGAGCAGUACGGGACCUGCGACCGGGCGCACCUGAUCCCCCUCACCACCCUGUUCACCCACAACAGCCGCUUCACAUUCCGCUCGCACCUCCACUCCAGAUGGCGUCCCGCCGCGCCUCCUCCUGGCUUCUCCUCCAGCUCAGCGUGGCCCUCCCGCUCCCCCCCCUCGCCCUCCUCCCACAAACACUCCUUCCUGGCCUACCUGGGACUGAUGGAAAGGGCCAAGACGGCUUGACCCCGCCCACCACCACCUCCUCCUCCUCCUCCUCCUCCCGCUCUCUCCCUCGCUCCUCGGACGGUGGUGUGAAUUGACACUUGACCGCUGCAGCGGGGGCGACGUCUUUUCCAAUCAGACCAGCAGAAUAAGCUGGACCGGGCAGACGUAUUGAAGAAAAGAAAAACAUUUAUAAGAGAAAAAGGCUGUACAUGCUAAAAAUGCAUUUAUAUCACAAAGCUGCUUUUCCUAUCAGUUCUAUCGAUUUGAAUUAUUACUACUUCAACUACUACUCUCUAUUACCUUUUUUUUGUUUUGUUUUGAAAUGUCUGAAUGACUUGGACCCAGUCGCGUUCUCCGAGGAAACUUUUCUCAGUUUUCUAGAUAUUUUUUCUUUUGGUCGUUUGACGAGAUUUAAAAUACGAAACAAAACUUGCAAGUGCUAUGAUUUAGUGCAUCUUUGUCUAUCGCUAUUAUGCAUCGAAAUAGCAUGCCUGUGUUUCAACCACCUUCGACGUCAUUAGUGUUCGCAAUGUGGACCGAACCAAUGAAACGGAAUCCUUCUCACCGUAAAAGGCACGUUUCCAAAGCAGCGCCUAAAACCACGCACUUACUUAUUUAUCAGUCUUGUAAAUAGUUUUGUAGCCCCUCCCCUUCCCAUCUUUUUGAUUUCUGUUGUUUUUUUGUACAAUGGUGAAACCAUAUUAUGCAUAGCUGCUGCCUGAUAUCACCUCUGUCUCAGAAUAAAUAUAAUUUAAAAGGAGUUACUAGUUAAUUGUAAUAGUUUUUUUGUAAAGCUCGUCAAGCAGAACAUGAGUUGUGAUAAUAAUGUAAAUAAGGAAAUUCUGACUUAUGAUAAGAAACAUUAUACAUUUAUUGUUAAUAACUCGGAUUUAGAUAUAAAUGUAAAAUGUUGGGUGAAUAAGCAGUGAAAUAAUGAGAAACAUUCAUCAAUUAUUUCUGAGACCGGGUGGGAAUCAGUGCAGCUUCACAUGCAGAACUAUGUAUGACGCACCUAAUACUUAGAAGAGAAAUAUGAGAUAACUGUUUUGUGGAGGUGACCAGCGCCGGGUUAGCAAGCUACCCGCAGCCAGCGUCACCACAGGCCGAUUCAAUGGUGCUUUUUGGAGCUUUUUGUAAUUUUUGUGUACAAAAAAAAAAAAAGAAGAAGAAGAAAAUAACUGUUCCAAAAUGACUUGAAUGAAUGUAUUUUUGUUUUAUGUACAUGAAAAAGAAGCGAUACAGAAGUGUGAGCAGGGACGUCUUCUGUGCUGGAACAGACAGGAAAGUCGGUGUGUUUGGUGGCCUUCUGUGUCCUUUUUUAUUUUGUCUUUUCAUUUUUCUUUGAUUUUUUUUCCACUUUUUUUACUGAGCCUUUUACAUCAUAACAAAACAUUUUCUACUAACGGUCAACGAGAACCCAUCGUGAAAUAAAAGCUCCUGCAGGUGCAACUAUGAAGCAAAGCCAUUCACAUGUACAGCAUUGUUUUCAAUGGCACUGGCUUCUGUAUGCCGGCGGACACGGUACUGCCCCCCCCCCACCCCCCCUCACAGCUCUUUUCAACCUUUUGAGUUUUAAUUGCACUUAAUAUAGUUACACUUCAAGCCAAAAGCACUUAAACCUUUUCUUUUUCUUUUCUUUUUUUAAGCGCAAACUUGGAUGUGUUGAAGUGGACGGUAGUUGCUGUAAAUGAAGUCAGCAAUCAUCCGGCCGUAGUUUCACAUUAAGUAAGCAUUUCUAGCAGUGCAAAUGGGCGUAAAUUAAAACAAAUGCAUGAAUUAGCCAGUUUAGGUCAAGUUCUCCCUGGGAAGUAAAGGUCCCAGGCUAAAUUGUGAUAGCCAGUUUUGCACAGUGCUGCACUUUUUGAUUAAGAGAAUAUUUAUCUGUAACAUUCAAAAGAAAAAGAAGUAUGUUUUGCGUGACAGAGCAGUAAAGUACAAGCAUUUUAUUUUGAAAAGCUUAUCUAUAGUGCUUUUGUUUUUUUAAGUGGUCUUCAAGCCCAAAUCUCUUAUUGUUUUAAGGGAUUGUCUUUUUUAUGUUCUCCUUUUGUCCAUUUUCCUUGUUGCUUUUUAAAAAAUGUUUUACUUUAAUCAUAUCAGAAGAAAAGAGAUCAUGAAUUGUCGAGACCAAAAUGCAACGCGGAUGUGAUGUUAGGAUUGAAUCCGUCACUUCCUGUUCUUGAGUGAUGCCUCGAUUGUCCCUCUUAACACGACUGUUUGUUCUGUUUUGCUCUGUCGAUGUCCAGCAUGCCGUCUCUGGAGUGAAAGGAGCAUCUCACACACACACACACACCCACACACACACACACACACAAGAACACCCCCCUUGUACUAUCUACGUCAUCUUUUAUACUCUAGUGCCACUUGGUGGAAAGAAACCACCUGAGACUUCUGAGAAUGAGUCAAACUAAUUGUCAGGGUCCAAAAAGAAUUAAAAAAGAAUAAUAAUGUGUCCGAUCUUUUUAAAACGCCGUUUUACAGCUUAAUCAUAAACUGCUGCACUUCUUUUUGUCCCACCUGUUUGGAGUGUAAUGUUUAAAAAGGCAACAUGUUUCUAUCCUUUCUAAAGCCAAUAUUCUGAAGCACUUAUUGAUUAUUUUGCCCAAUGGUGAGCAGCACAGUGAGCUUUUAUUUAAUUCUUUUUAUAAAGCUUGACUACCUUUUCAGCACUUGACAUUUCGCAUGCCAUUGCCCCCUCUAGUUCUUUGAAAACACCCCCCCCCCCCCCCGUUUGGUUGGCAUCCCUCUGCACCGUCUACAAUCACUUAGCUUUAAGUUUGGCUGUAUUUUAGGAUCCGAAAAGGCUCGGCUGUGUUAUCCUUUGGCACUCGGUAAAGAUUGGUAUGUGCUGUACAAAGCUUUUUUUUAUUACUCCAUUGUUAAGGCUGUACAGGGUUGUGACGAUAACUGGUAAAUAGAUCAUUUGUACUUUUUUGGUUUUGUAUUUGUUUUUCUUUGUUCGGCAUUAUUUUAUGUUCAACCUGCCAGGUCUAAAUGUAACAGGAUUUGAAAGUAAAGCUUACAUCAGAUAUUA